UUAUUGAUUCUUUCCUCAAGCCUUCCACUUUUAUUUUUGUCACAACAAGACAAACAAUUCUUUUUAUUUUAGGUGAAAAGAAUUAUUUAUUCAAAGAACAACAAUUAUGUAAUUGUCCAUGCUCAACAUUCCAUCAUUUUAUUUAUUUCAAAACAUUUUCAAUCACCUCAACUUACUCCAAUUCUUCUAAACAACUCUACAAUUUUUCAACUAGUACAUUUGAUAAGGUACUCCAAAACACUACUUCAGGCUUCCAUAAAAUCAUCCCCCAACUUCAAAUUCAACAAGGAACAACGCAAGGACAAUUCUGAACCCACAAAACAUAAUAGUCGUCUCUUCAAAUAAUGUUGGAGCUGUUGAUGCAUCAGCUUCACGAAGCCUUGUUAACCGACUUUUCUUUUUGGGGCGACACAUCUGAGAAUACGAUCGAAAUUCUUCCCUUGCUAAAACCUAAUAAGAAAUUCAGGGGGAAUUUAGACAUAUUGUUAGGCUCUUACCCUCCUAUCCGCGUGAAUAAAUAA